UUCUUGAGAAGUGAAAGUGAAAGGGGGAAACCUAAAGGUUGGUGCACAGACAGAACAAUGAGCUAUAUAUUUCACCGGAUGAAUAAAUAUGAAACAUCUGAUUGACGUUUCUGCUCACUGUUUCCAAAAUCAGAAUAUCUCUCUAGUUUAAACAGACUGAUUUUUAUGUGGAUUUUUUUCAUAAUGCCAAUUAGAUUUCUAACUGGGCGCGGACAUCGACUCAAGUUAAAACCACUACAAUGACAAGGCACGUUCUCAGAUAGGGGUCUAGAAGUGCUUACCCUCCUCCAGUGAAAAUACCCCUAUAAAAUAAGAUCGAUCUAUUUUAGAUAUCGGUGACCAAAAACUGGACAUGUGUGUCAUUUUUAGACGUGAAUACCUGUUCCCUAAAUAUCUCUGCAAGGUCCUGACAAAGAGGAUUCCAUCAAAGCAAAGCAUUUACUGGAAGAAAGAAAACAUGGCUUUAAUUCUCCACAAGUGUUGACAAUUCUGUAUAAGAGGGCUAAAAGUGUUUUUGGGCUUCCAUGGAACUAACCUGCGUCACCUGAGAGCGGAGGAAGUGAGAGACCGCCCCUUAUGAAACAAUGUUUAUUCUUCACCACCCCAGUGGCUUAAAAGGAGAGCACAUACAGGCAGACAAUAUUACAAUACUUUUAUUCUCUCUCACACACAUUCACAGAUAAAGUUUAGGCAUCGAAUAGUUGGUUCCUGGGCUGUAAAUCCUCCCAACUUCCUGAUCCAUGCUCCAAAGGACAGAUCUAGGAUCAGCUCACCCUCGUCAAAUCCAAACCAGGACCUUAAUAAUCCACAAAGGGGAAAACUGACCUGAGACCAGCAUUUAAACCCCAUGUCUUCCUGCCCAGACACUGCUCUCCAUCCAGAGUUCCUCCUGUGCUCCAGCUGUCCAUCCGUCUAUCCACACCCCAGCCAACCAGCCAUGAGUCUGAUGAGUGAAGACAUGAAUUGUUGCGUCUGCUUCCAACCCUAUUCUCGCAGGGAGAAAAUCCCCCGGGUGCUCCACUGCGAACACACCUUCUGUGGGCCGUGCUUGGAGACAAUCUCCAGGCUCCAGAGUGGCCUCCGGACCGCGUGCUGCCCUCUGUGUCGCUGGAUCACCUGUAGCCAGGUCAGCCUACCCUUUUCUGGUUCUCUGGUUGUCAACACUGAGAUCUGGGACCAGAUAGCAGACAGACAGGAGGAAGAGGAGGAGAUGGAGGCGUGGAUACCAAAUAACAGACAGACACAGACCUCCACACAGUACAAAUGCUCUUCAUUGGGGCAUUUUGGUGUAAGGAUCAAGCUACAGAGUUUCUGGAGGAGAAUGAGGGCCAAUGGUCAGAGAGCACUAAAAGAAGGGAAGAAAUUAAGGUCUUGGUUGUGUUUUGAUAGAUGAUGUCACCGUAGUAGUCUAGGACAGGAAGCAGCAGUUGGGAGACCAAGGUCUUUCUUAUUCAGUAUUUAUUUUUAUAUUUUAUACAAUAUACUGUCUACAAUCUUUAUAAUUAAAACAAAUAUGUUUUAACAUGUGGUUAUUUUGAGACCUAGUUUCUCUUUUUCAAAUGAACCCUAAUAUGAUUGUCUCUUUAUGUCUGAAGUGCAUAUUUUUUGUACUCAAGUGAUAUUUAUUGCUAUCAUUGUAAAAUAAAUUAAUCUGCUUUAAAAUAACUGUCUUCUAGUUGUGAAAUCACUCUCUGGUGCAAUCAAUUAUCUCUCUCUCCCUC